AUGGGUUCAUGCAUCGGCAGCAAAUCAAAAGCAAGAGAAAAAUCUACUGUAGUCCCAAAAAAGACAAAUAUAAUUGAAUAUAACACCAAGCUUGAUCGGCUCGGAUCCGCACAACUUGAACUUCUAAAAUCAAAAUUCAGAGAAGCCCAAACCGAUUCCGGAAUAGACCUAAAAGGCUUCAAAAAACUCCUACCACUCCUCAAAGACCUGCCAGAAGAAAUCAUUAAAUCAUCAUUUAAAAUCUUCGAUAUAGACUCUUUCGGUUACAUCUCCUGAUAUAACUUAUGCUUGACCGUGUCACAAUACUUUGUAGGUCACAGAGACGAAAAAUGCAAGUUUUUAUUCAAAACUUUUGACUUAAAAAAUACAGAAAAAUUAGACACUGAAGAAAUAAAACUGCUUCAAAAUUAUUGCGAAAAUUUCCUAACUCCCCCCCCUCCGUGAGUGAACAAAACCAUUAGAAAAAUCGCUAUUUUUUGCCCAAAAACCACCCUCCGAGAGUGAACAAAAAUUUUUUAAAUACAAAAAUUUUUUAUGUAAAAAAAAUUUGAUAUAUAAAUGAUAAUUAAUAUAAUGAAAUCUAGAGCUAAUUCUGUUUAAUUUAAAUGAUGAAUUGCUUUUUAAAACAUAAAUUUUAUAAAUUAAAUUAAUAUUUGCUUUCAAAUUUUUGCAAAUUAGGAUUUUUUUAAAUUUCGAAAAAAAAAUUUUUUAGAAAAUUUAUAUAUAAAUGUUUUUUAAAAAAAACUUAAGUGAGUGAACAAAAUUUUUUUGUUCACUCACGGAGGGGGGGAGUAAGGGAAGAUAUUGAUUUUAGUAAAAAUAAUGAAAAUUUAUUUGAAAAUUGUAUAAAUCAAAAAAAAUUAUUAGGAUUUCAAGAAUUCAGGACUUGGGCACUUGAGAAUUUAGAACUACAUUUAAUAUUGCAGCCUUUUGAAAUUAUUCCAUCACCUAUAAGUGAAAGGGAGGUAAUUAAAACACUAUUUGCAGAAGCAGAAAAAAAUGGGCUUAAAGAAGGGGAUAUUUGGAAUGUGAUUUCCAGCAGGUGGCUUGAUGCUUGGAAAAAGUAUGUGAAUUUUUCUUGUGAGGACCAUAAUGAGCAAGAACUAGAAAAAAUCCCAAGUCUAAGAAUGAUAAGGUCAAAAAGUGUUGUCCAAGGGUCAAGGCCUAUUGAAAUUGACAAUUAUGAUUUACAAGACCCAAAUUGUGAGCUGAAAUUAUUAGACGAAUUAAGAGGUGAGCAUUUUAAAGUAAUUCCAAAUCCUGCUUGGAAAGAGCUGCUAAGCUGAUAUGGCGGUGGCCCUGAGUUUAAUAGAGAAGUUAUAUCAAAUUACGAAAAUUUAGAAAUUGAGCUGUAUCCACAAAUUUUUAAAGUCACUGUAAAAAAAGCUGGAUUAUCAAUAAAUAAAAAACCAAAUUAUAUUGCUAUAUCAAAAAAGAAAACAAUUAGGGAUGUUUUGGAUAUUUUUAAAGCAAAUUUCAUUGAAGAUAAUAUGAGUUUAAUCCUUAUUGAUGGAGAAGCACGACAACUGCUAAAUCCUCAAUGGAGAAUUGAAGAUAUUACGCUUCCUUCUAUAAGUCAAUGUGUGCUUGAACUAGGAGAAAUCAGAAAUUCAACACUUUUUGAAGAAGAUGACAAUGAAUUUUCAAUAGGGGAUCCUGUAGAGUAUUAUGAUCAUGGAUAUUGGAUGUCUGGGACUUUAAAUGAAAUAAAAAAUGAUGAGUAUAUAAUAGGCGCUGGGUGGAUGAAAAAAUCUGUAUCUAUCCCGCAUUGUGAAAAAUGCAGAAUUAGGAAGCCUAAUAGAAUUCAAGUGGACAACAAUGCAAUUAAAGGUGCAGCAGGGCUUAAUAAUAUAGGAAACACUUGCUUUAUGAACUCUAUUUUGCAAGCUAUUAGAUACACUCCAUUACUUAACCAUUUUUUCUCUUCACAAGCUCACAUAAAGCAUAUAAAUCUUAAAAACCCAAACGGCUCAAAAGGUAAGAUUUCUGCUGAGCUCCAAUUAAUUCUCCAAGAAAUUCUUAACGGGACUGAACCUUCUUAUCGUCCAAUCUCCUUUUUAAAAUAUACUCUAUAACAUAAAUUUAUUUAAAUAAAUUUCCUAUCAAAAAUCCCUCAUUUUUAUUCAAAAUUUAUCAUUUAAAGCAUACUUUCUCUCAAAUUUACCCAGAAUUUCAAGGCUAUGAGCAACAUGAUAGUCAUGAAUUUUUAAGAAUUUUGCUAGACAGUUUACAUGAAGAUUUAAACAGAAGGACUGAAAAUGCUGAACAGUCACAAAUACUUUCAUUAAAUAACCCAACUUUAGAAGAAGAAAAAAAAGUAAGCCAAGAACAAUGAGAAUUAUUGCAAGGAUAUAGAGGUUCUGUUAUAUCAGACCUUUGUGGAGGGCAAACUCGAAAUGUGCUAAAAUGUGAGAAAUGUGAAAAUAUAACAACUCUAUUUGAAAUGUUUAUGGAUUUAAGCAUUCCUUUACCAAAUGAACAAUCUGAAGUCCCAUUAAAAAUCGUAAUAGUUUCAAAAUCACCUAACCCUAUUGUAAGAUUUUCUAUAAAACUAAAAAAAAACAGCGAAAUUCAAGAUUUUUUUGAAAAACUGCAAACAUUUAGUGGAAUUUCUCAUCAAAAUUUCUUAUUUGCUCACGUAAACCACUGCUUUUCUUACGAACUAUUUUUCCCAAAAUCCCUUCAAGAGUGUUUUGCAACUGAAGAUUCUGAAAUCUACGCUUUUGAAGUAGUCUGAGAUAUAGAACAAGCUGAAAACGCUGGCAGAUUUACUCUACAAAGAGAAGCCCCAGUAACAUGAAGGCAGCAAUUAGUAAGAGGCCAACAAGUUGACGUAAAUUCAGCAGAAUUCGGCUGAAUUGAAGGCCAAAUCUCUGAUAUUCGAGGUAUGAAUGUAGAAAUUGUAUUAAAUACUGAAAUUCCUAGCGUUGCAAGCUUUUCUAGAUAUGACGAAUCUUUAUCACCUUUAAGAAGCCACACCACAAAUAACAAUAAAAUGGUUCAUCUCCUAAUGCUGCAUUCAAGAAAAGCUAUACUUGCCUAUGACUUUUUUGGGAUUCCACAAGUGAUUUCUAUUGGAAAUUGGUAUACGUGGAGAGAUCUAAGAGACCAAAUAGAAACUCUCUGCAAAGAAGUUACAAUAAGGACGUAUUUUACUCCAAAAUCUUCAAAUUUGUCGAUUUAUUUGUUCACAAAAGAUAUGAAAUGUGCUUUAUGCUCAAAGGAAAAUUGCCAGGGAUGCGAAUUUCCGAAAAAUAAUGGAAAAUUGAAAUGGCUUGAACAGAACCAGAGGGGAGUUUUUAUAUGUAUUUUUUGGAGAAAUCCUGAGCUUUAUAUACUUUUUUAUACUAAAUAAUUAUCUAUUUUAGCAUUUCCUAAUAAAAUCUAUAUAAUUAAAAAAUAGUAUAAAUUCACUAUUGCAAAAGAAAUCGAGGACCUCGCUGCUUUAACAAUUUAUCAAUGCCUUGAAAAAUUCACAGAAACCGAAACUCUUGAAGCCAAAUGUGAAAAAUGCAAUUUCGACAAAAAGCAGUCCCAAACCGAGAUCUGAAGAGUCCCAGACAUUUUAAUUAUCCACCUCAAGCGCUUCAGCUUUAACGGCAGACGGUUCAAAAAGCUUACAAAUUUAGUGACCUUCCCUCUCACUUAUCUUGACUUAUCAUCCAUAAUGUCAAUUACUGAAAAUAAAGCAGGAGUAACCGUUUCUACUGCAAAGGAAAAUUAUAUGUAUGAUUUAUAUGCAGUUGUUAAUCAUACUGGAAGCGUGGAAGCUGGGCAUUAUACUUGUUUUUGUUUAAAUACAGAAAAUGAGAAACGGUGGCUUUAUUAUGAUGAUAACUUGGUUUUUGAGGUCACAGGAGAUAUAGAGAAUGAAAUUGUGACGAGUAAGGCUUAUAUUCUGUUUUAUAGAAGGCAAAGAUUUGCGUCAAGUAAUGUGGUUAAUUUGUCAGCAAUAGAAGCAAAUAGAUCAUAA